UUUUAAUUACAUGGUCCACAGCAACAUUUUUAAAGUUUGUGAAAGACCUUAAACUACCCUAAAUUUGUGUCUGUCCUUUUGAAUACUUGUAAAGGUCAAAUAGUUGCCCUGUUUUCCACAGGAAAUGUCUGGUUUCUAUGUUAAUAUCAAGAGUCUGUUCUUACUGAAAAAGUGACCCACAAAUUUAAGUAACUACCAAAUGGAAACGUUUUAAAUUCCAUUAAAAAUGUUUGCUUUUCUUAUCGAGACUAUGUCAUGGUUUAUCUUCUGACAGACACCUGGGUAUAUAAGUCUAAGAGUCCACUCUGUUUCUUAUCAGUUGUGUGGGUUUUUUUUUUUUUCUUUUUCUUUUUUUGGUUCCUUUUAAAAUAAUUGCCAGGAAGGAUCAAUAGCUCAUUUUAAAAGGCUAUUAGUUGAAACCACACGGUCAUCAAUAUAGUUCUGCUUCUUGCUUGCAUGAAGAAGUGGCUCGGUACACUUAGCUGAAAUUGCAGAAUAGAUAUUCAUUAUUUUUCUCUUAUCACAAAAUGGCUACAGCUACCAAUAAGGCAUACCAUUGCACCAUAGUCUUGAAUAUCUUACAAUUUUGUGACUUAAUGUUUGCAUUGUUUUUUUCUGUUUGUUUUGUUUUUGUGUGUUUGUGUGUCUGUGUGUAAAUUUCAGACCUUUGCGAUAUACCGAGGUAUUUUCAGCGUUUGUAAAAGAAAAGCAACAUUAACAAAUGGGUUUUAAUUUUGCUGAGAAGCAUUAUUCAUUUUGCUUGGUUUCACUUUGGCUAAUUAAAGAACACAGUUAACACUGAAGCCAUAUGAAAAAGUAAGAACCUUUUUAUAAGGUUUUGCAAACGGGGAUAAAAUUAAACAAUGGUAGACUUCAAUUAGGCCAUAUUACACCAUGUCCUGCCAACAUGUUUUUUAUAACCACAUCAAGGUUAUAAACAUGCUUAUAAAUAUGUCCUUUAUGGACACAAACACUGGUUAAAAAACUAGGACAGCGUGUUGACCUCUGACCAACAGUGUAUGAUGAACAGCCAGAAAGUAAAGAAGUAGUUAAACUAGUUUCUUAGACGUUUAUAUAAUUUUUUUGUAAUUUACAUGAUUCAAUUAUGUGGAUUAUCGAUCUAUAGAUUGAUAUUUGUUUCAUCCAUACCAUUAUAAACUUUUCAAUGUUAGUAUAGAAUUAGAAGUAGGAAAAUUUGAAUCUUGAAACAGGAUAUAAGAUACUAGUUGCUACAUAAGAGAAGGUACAAGUCAAGACUUUGAUACCAUGUAAGAUGCUGUUAGCUUAGCACAAAGUAUUACCAAAUAUUAUUUAGCUAUUUAUGCGGUUCCAUAGCAGCACUUACUAAUCUUUAUUUAUGCAUACCCCUUUGUUUAAAGGGGUAUACCCCUUUAAAAGUGCAUUGAAUUUGCAUUGAAUUAAAUGGCUAUACGAGUUGGACAUUACAAAAUAAAUACGUGGAGUUGAUUCAGGAAAAAACAAUCAGUUCAAUCUGAUCAUAUAAACGAUUUCAAUGUUCACUUCAUACAUCUAUAUUUUUUUAACAUAUUUCCCAGCAUAUUGGCUUAUAUGGAUGUACUAGCUAGCUUCUGCAGAUAUUUUUGCUAGAUGGAAGUUACCUCAUGAAGCUCAAAGAUAAUGCAGUUUAGUGCCUAACUCAACAACAAAGGUUUACACGCGGGCAUGAUUGGCAGCGUUAGGACACUCCUCCUGGCUAUAUUGGGAGCAGCAAGAGAAAACAGAAGAGCUUUAUUUAUUUAAAAAAUUUUCCCACAGAUUAUCUGUCUCAUACCAUACUGUCACGACAUAGUGACAGUUUCAGCAAAUAUGUAAAAUAAUAUUUUUAUAAAAGUUACAUACUGCAGCUGUAAGUAAGGUUUUAGCUUUAAAUAUAAUAGCAUUAAAUCUUAUAUUUGGGUCAUGUGUUUGUACUUUUUCAGUAAAAAGUACAAACACAUGAACUUCAAUAAUUUAGUCUGUAGAUCUCGCACAUCACAAUUUAUAUUACAUUUAUGUCUGAUGCACAGGGACAAUUUACACAACCCUUCCUGUGCUGCAAUAAGAGCACUUGCUGUGAACAUGUGUGUACAUUGUGGAAAUGAGUCAUAAAAUAAUUAAAGUAAACCUCCGGGCUCAACAUUGAUUCUUGUUUUCUACUUCUACCAUUUGGAAUAGAUAAGGCACAUUUACAUUUCUAUACGACCAUUUUAAAAGAUCUAUCAAUAUUGCCCAAGGCCACUUUGCUAUUCAACAUUCACAUGUGCAAACAUACACACUUCUUCUUAACUUGGUUUAAUUUCAGAAGUGGAAGCAGCAGUCUAUUAAUUAACUUGUCACAGAGGUACCACAGGGUUUAAUGAAGGUCAUGGGGGUAUUUUCCUCCCAGUGUGCAUCACAGCCUACUGAAAAGUUAUUUAACAAGACCCUCAGCCAGACAUGUUAAUUGUUGUAAUGACCAGUCAGCAUCUGGCACUGGAUAUUCUCCCAGAUGGUACAGUUAUUUCAAGCUUAAGCAUCCAAUUAGAAAAAAAAUCAUAUCACAUAAAUGUAAGUGUAAGAAAAAAUGUUUUAGAAUUUUAUAUUGUCAUCACUCUUUGAAACGCUGUAUAGCUUGUUUACUGAUGAACCAUGAAAACGAAGGCAUGUGUAUAUGAAGAAAAUUCACCUGGUAACCAUCUCUCAUAACAAAAGUGUCAUUUGGAUACAAUCGCUUUCUUGACAAAGUGACAUUUUAAGACCCAAUAAAGGAUUGUCACUUUAGAAAUGUCACUGAAAGUAUGGCCACUGACUGCACAAGAAUUGCACUUAAUUCUUGAUCUGAGCUUCUUUCGCAUUAGUUAUUGCAUCAGUGUGAUGUGCUAUGGAGGUAAUUGGGCUAUGCCUCUGCUGUGGUGCUUAGUUGACCUGGUUCCUCAAAUAAUCACAGACUGCUGAAACUGCACAUGUCACAAGAAGUGGAUUCUGGGCUUCUUUAGACUCUUUAUGUGAAAACGAAAAGCAUUUAUUUUUUAUAUGGAUUACAGAGAAAAACCUUUAAGCUUUUAUUCAUUGCUCAGAUAAGAUCCCUGCUACUUGAACACCAUUUUGUUCCACACUUUUUUUGUCCAUUCAACUUUCUAUUACUGUGUUUGAAUACAGCAUUUGAUGGCCAUUUUCUGGACUACUGUUGAGUCAGCAGUCCUCAUCAUAAUGCCUCAUAUAGGUGCUGACGGACUACUUAUGCUUCAUUGUUCUCUGUCGUGUUUUAAUUUUUUGAGAAACUGCAUUUUUGCAUAACUGGUGUGCAUCACGUUGUUUUGUUUUUUGUUUGUUUGUUUUUUGUUUUUUUUCUUAAAUAAGUAGAUUUUUUUUGGACAAUUUUUUCAAAGUCAUCGAGACGCACCUGCAAAAUGUCUGGAUUAGUAUCCUGAAAAAUAGUACUCAGAUUUUCAGGAAAGUCGCAAAAAAUAUGUGCUCAUUUUUAACAGUCAAUUUCACACAGAUUACUUCUCUUCAGUGCAGCUUCAUGCUGCUGUGUUAGGAUUUGACAGCCAUUUGACUUAAGUUGUUGAGGGAGAUGCCAAGACAGACAGAGAGGAAAGUCUGCCAUGGGGAUGGAACUAAGUGCGAUGUGAAUCUGCAUGCAUAUGUGCUGAUGCUCUUUCCUGUCAACAUCAAUCACACAAAUAAAUAGUCAGGUUUGAGAUAAUCUCACUAUAGCUGCGUUCCAUCGGUCCCUGAUGUGCAUUUGUGCGUCUAAGCGAAAGCUCAAAAUCUAUUAACUCCAUGUAACCAAGAUCACAAAUGAAAACGUAUAGAUGUGGCAUUCAGGUAAAUUAUAAUUAUAUAAUUUUUCUCAUAAUAUAAUAAAUACAGAUGAGUUAGCAGCUAGGAAUGACAACUGAGUGCUGCAAAAAAAAGAAAAAAACCUGAUCUGAUGAGGUACAGCUCACAUAACAGACUGAUAGAAAUGUCUGUGUCAUUGUGAGGGGAAAAAAUCCUUCUCUUGCACAUAAUUGGUGAUUUGGAUUGGAGGAAAUGUAAAUGGAGUUGUGCAACAAAAACAUCGCAGAGAGUAGCAGAAAAUGGUGUGUAAUCAUCUGCUGCUACUAUUAAAUGCUGCUGACGGUCUGGAGUUUGGAAUUGAUUCUGCACAACCUCUCACACUAAUGUUUCGCCCUAUAGUCCAUAAAAUGAUCUGUUUUUACUGUAAACUGGAUAUAAUUUGCAGCUUGUUGUCAUGGUUUUGUGUUUUUUUGUAAUCUGCACGAGCAUCAUCUAAACAGAAUGUUCCCAAGUUUAAUUUGAUUGGUUUAAGAGCUUUUGUCACCAUUAACCUGAAAACCAGAAGUGAUUUUUUUUCUUUUUUUAUGAAAACAUGAACAUUGUGAGAUGCUUGUGAAAUGUGGUUUCUUUCAAAAUGUGCCACAAAGGAAACUGAAGGAGGAACACCAAUGUCUGUUUGUCAUGAAGGGGGUGAAACAUUUCCAUCCCAAAUUGAAGUUUAUGACCCUCUUCUUAAAUGGAUGGGCUUCUGUGGCACAUGCAUCCAGCUUGUCACAAGGUCUCAAAGCGUGCCUCUCUCCACCCAAUGGGGCCCUCAGGGUUACUUCUAUGCCAUCCAGAUCGCCCAGUACGGUUUGAGCCAUUACAGCAAGAACCUGACUGAGCGCGCUCCCCACGUCGAGGUCUACGACACAGCCGAGGAGAAGGACAGCAGGGUCAGCACCGCGUCCUGGAGUGUGCCGAAAGGUUGCAGCCUGAGUCGUGUCCAUGACAAGACCAGAUCUACCUCUGUGCGUUCGUUCAGCGCUGCAGACUCCUCAGAGGGCGUAUCCCUGCAGCUGGGCAACUCAAAAGACUUCAUCCUCAGCUUGGACUUAAAGUUCUCCUCCAACGGCAGCGUGUCGGUGGUCCUAGAAACCACAGAGAAGGGGCCUCCCUUCACCAUCCACUACGUCACCAACACGCAGCUCAUUGCCUUCAAAGAGCGCGACGUCACCUACGGCAUCGGGCCUCGAUCCUCCUGGAGCACGUUGACCAGAGACCUGCUGACCGACCUCAGGAAGGGAGUCGGGUUGUCGAACACGAAGGCCGUCAAAGCCACAAAGAUCAUGCCCAGACGGGUUGUGCGGCUAGUCCUGCACGGACGUGGCUUCGUUGACAACAUCACCAUCUCCACCACUGCCCACAUGGCCGCCUUCUUCGCCGCCAGCGACUGGCUGGUGCGCAACCAGGACGAGCGAGGGGGAUGGCCCAUCAUGGUCACCCGAAAACUCGGCGAGGGCUUCCGGCCGCUGGAGCCCGGCUGGUACUCGGCUAUGGCUCAGGGCCAGGCUAUGUCCACCCUGGUGAGAGCCUACCUCCUCACCAAGACCCAGGCUUACCUCAACGCUGCCCUGAAGGCGGUGGGGCCGUACAAGGUGCCUUCAGCGCAGCACGGGGUCAAAGCGGUGUUCAUGAACAAGUACGACUGGUAUGAAGAGUACCCCACCACGCCCAGCUCGUUUGUGCUCAACGGCUUCAUCUACUCUCUGCUGGGACUUUACGACGUUGCUGACACGGCCGGAGAGAUCCUGGGCAGAGAGGCGGGGCAGCUGUUCAGCCGUGGCAUGGAGUCCCUCAAGGCCAUGCUGCCCCUCUUCGACACGGGGUCCGGGAGCAUCUAUGACCUGCGUCAUUUCAUGCUGGGCACGGCGCCCAACCUGGCCCGAUGGGACUAUCAUACAACGCACAUUAACCAGCUGCAGCUGCUGGCAUCCAUAGACAACGCUCCCAUCUUCAGGGAUGUGGUGAAGCGCUGGAAGAACUACUUAAAAGGGAUUCGUGCCAAGCACAACUAGUCAAACUCAGCAUAUUUUACCACUGAGUUUAGAAAAGAAUCAAUGUUUAGGCUGUAAGAGCAAAGCAGAAGAUUUUAUAGAGACGUGUGUGUGUGUGCGUGUGUGUAUGUGAGUGAGUCUCUUCUGGUUAAUAGCCUGAAAGACGAGUUGCGAUACUUUAACUUUGUGGGCAAUGUUGCGGGUUUGACAUUUUCUGCUACGUUGACUGUAGCUCAGUUUGUGUCCCUGGAGCUAGUGUUUGUAAUAACACAGACCGAGCUUCAGCGUGUGAGUGUUUGCAUUCAUGAAGAACUAUUGUGUGUGUUUUGUUUAAAAAAAACAAACAAAAAAAAAACUACAUAGAAAAAGAAAAUACACAUUGGAACAUUUUUGACUUUCUUUAAUGCAUCAAGAUUUCUCUUAUACGUUUUCUACUUUAAAUCAGAUUUCAGAGGUUUACUGAAGUAAGCUGUGAAAAUCGGAGGGCGUUUUAAAUGUUGCCAAGAGAAGUUAAUAUUAUCAAAAGAUAGUUUAACAGUUUACAUUUCUCCAGUUUAUAUUUCUCUCAUUGAUAAUUUGUUACAUUUUGCAGAUGUAAUAACGACAGUGAAGGAAUAUCUGUUUUUCUUCUUCUUUCUCAGUUUUUUCAUCUGUUAAUUCGUCCAAAAAUAUUCAAUAGACGUCUAAUAAGCUGUUUGAAGUCAGCUCUGAAGGAUAAGUAAUGGAGGUAGCAGAUGAGAUAAACCCAUCAAGCUUUAAUCUUUAACGGUUGUGAACACUGCUGCUAUCAACAAACUCCUCUUAGCUGCUUUGCUCUGUUUUUAACUGGACACUAAAAAAGCAAACCAGGCCAGGCAAAAGCAAAACCUCUGUUUCUCUUUGGGUUCACCUGGGAAAGUUAACAUGUCGACUGUGAGACCUUUUCUGAACCGGCAUGAGAGCCAAGGUGAUUGCAGCUAAUCACAAAUCAGGAGAAGGAAAAAUUAGCAGCUUCCUCCACAUUUAUUGGACGCCAAAAGUGCACAUGAAAAGAGUUAGAUUUUUCUUCCUCUGGUAUUGGUAUUGCAAUAAAGAAUGGAUUUAGUUUAGGUUGUUUUGUUUUUUAUAACUAGGGGAACCUACAAACGUGGAGCGUUAAGUUUGUGACUCAGGAAAAGAACAGAUUGAAGCCAACAUGUUCACCUUUCUUAAAGACGUGUUGGCAACACGACUGCAGCUGGAAAUAGUUGUCGCCUCACUUAUCAAGGCUUUUGUUUGCCGUGUUACACAACAACAAAAUAAUCCACUAGAUCACUCCUAAUUUAACUGUCAAACAAUUAAACCACUCUUGCUCAUUUUCUUUGUGAACGUUUCCAUCUUAAACGCCUUUCUUCUGUCGCACUCUAGCCCUGAUUAUUCCCAGAAACGAGUGUGGGUGGUGUCGCAUGUGGGCAGCGGCGCCGCAGCUGUCACGUCGGUUCAAAGCGUUUAGAUCCAGACAAUGCCAGCAGCGGCUGGAGGUAAAUUCUCAAAACACGGACGCUGCCGGUCCCUGCAGACUCCUGUUGCUCCCUCUCACCUCCUCUGAGAGCGUGAACCGAACCGUUUUUAAUCCGAGCCGCGCGGAGGACGCUCACAACUCACCCGGCUAAUAGGGUGGAGAGGCCGCGCGCGGUUCCAACUCGCUGGCUGCGGAUGAGUCAGCGCCCUCUCCAAACAAAGUGGAGCUCCUCCUCGGCAUCAAUGGAGCUCUGAUCGAUCCGCUUUAUAGAUUAACACCAGGAGAUUCGGGGUGAUUCAUCCUUUCUGGGGGAGCGGGUGGGGAUUUUCAUUUAGAAAAAUUGUGUAAUCGGAGAUCAGAUCGUAUUCCCACACAGUCAGCUUUCAAGUUUUAAUGCGCGCUAAGCGGACAAAAUCGAAGGACCCUGUGAUUUAUUUUGAAGCAGUGUUGGAUUGAGUUAAUCCUUUUAAAGCUGAGACAUCUCAUUCUGUUGGGUUUAUCCUGGAAAUGGAACCUUUUACUCGCUCUGUGUUUCGUCUUUAUUACACAAUUUACUUUCCUUAAAAACCAAGAAGCAUAUGAAUCAUAUUUUCUCUAUUUUGCUCCUCACCAAAUUGAGCACAUGAGCAAAAGUACGUCUUCGAAAAAGGAACAUUGACAACUGGACGUUUUGUGUUUUGAUACAAGUUUCUAUGUUGUUUAUACCAAAGCCACUUAGUGGGUAAGUUUAUUUGUAUAUAUUUGUGCAAACUGACUUCCAUUGAGCAUUUGGCGUUAGGUCUCCACAGACACUUUAUGGAGAAACACUGCCUUUUUGAUUUUAGGUGUAGAAUGGGUAGAUUAUAGCAAAAGAAAAAUGAAUAAUAAUAAAAAAAGACCAACUCAUGUUAAGCUUGCUUAUAUGAAAAAGGAGAUUUGUGCAGCCCGUGGUUAGUUUAGUCUGCUGCUGAUUGAGAGGGAAACGAACCGAGAGCUGCAAGCGUCCUCUUUUC